AUGUCCACCCUACUUUCUAUUUCGAACAAUGCAGACAUUGAGGAAACUAAAUCAACGCUGCUUCUACAACCGGCUAAUAAUGAGUUUCCUUUAGAAGUAACAAACGCUUCUCCAAUAACCUAUCCAAGUACCAAUUCUGAUCGUUUAAAGUUCAUAAAUCCUAAAACUGGUAGAAUCGUAACAGAAUUUCAGUAUAAGGUUUAUGAACUAUGUGCACAGAUUCCUGAAGGUUUUGUAUCAACUUACAAAUUACUAGCAACUGCUCUUAAAUCAUCCCCGCGUGCAGUGGGCGGUGCUUUACGAGCUAAUCCAUUUGCACCUUUACCUAUACCUUGUCACCGUGUUAUCGCCUCUGACUUUUUUAUUGGCGGUUUUGAUGGUGAAUGGUUUAAUCGUCAAAACCAAAACAAUGCUAAGAAACGUAAUUACAAUGAUAGUAUAAUGGAGGAUAAAAUUGGUUGUAAGCUUGAUAGAUUAAAAAAAGAAGGCAUUUUUUUCGAUAAGGAAG